GUCACCAGCACCCGCCAGUCAUCUUGGGCAACAGCACUACCAACCAUCAUUCCUCGAAGUAUUUCCGUUUUCAUGUCAUCAUAAAAAAACAACAAUCAUACCAUGAGCUCCUUGUGCGAUAUGUUAUCCUUUCUCGCAAGUUUGAUGGUUUUGUGUUGCUGUCUUGUCACUGGAAAUAAUUUAGAAAAUGUCCGAUCUUUUGAUGUGCACCAGACAUAUAGAUAUCAAGAUCCGAGUACUGGACAUCAUCGUCGAUGCGUAAAAUGCCCACCAGGAUACUAUGUACAGGAACCUUGUUUUCUAAACACAAAUGAUACUACGUGUGCAAAAUGUCCAACAGAAUCUUUUAUGCCUCAUUCCAGUGGACUUGAUAAAUGUUUCAAGUGUACUGAGUGUCCAGAUGAGAUGUCUGCUAUGUGUACUGCAACUGAUGACACUCAAUGUAAGGCAUGUCAAGAUGGAUAUUAUUGGCAUGUUCACUAUUGUAAGCAGCACAAGAAAUGCCCUCCAGGCCGUGGUGUCAAACAACGAGGAAGCAGGUUGUUGAAUACAGUAUGUGAGCGUUGUAAGGAAGGCACAUAUUCUGAGGAGUUAUCUGCCAUACAGACAUGCAAACUAUUGACUAAUUGUCAUGAGAAAGGUCUGACAACACUUCAACUUGGUAGUCGUUUCAAAGACACCGUCUGUGUUACUGAUGUCACAACACCAAAAUCACAUGUCCUGCCACCCAAGGUGAAUACACUGAUGUAUGCAGCUUUACAGAACCAAGUUAAAACUACUACUGUAAAAUCAGUGACUGCAAUGAAUGAAAUUAUGAAAACUAAAAGCAAAUCUGAGUCCCUUUUUGAUGCCAACCUUCUUAAUGGUGAACUUAAAGACUACUUUGAAGAAGAUUUGCCACUUGAUGAGGAGACAAAUCGUCACCAUAGAGACUCGGUGACGACAAAUGAAAAAGAUCCUGCAGAAAGACCACAUGAACCUCGUAACUCACAUGAUGAGACGUUGUUUAAUGUGCAAGAAAUUCCACAAUCUAUUGGUCAUGAAAAUACUACCAGUAGUGGGUCGGGACUUGCAGCUGCCAUCUUAGGCGCUGGUUGUCUUUUCAUGCUUGUGCUCAUUGUUGUGUUGUACCAAAGAAAGAAACAAGUGGAAGAAAGACAACGACUGAAGCAGAAGCGCAACGAAAUUCCUCAGUGGCAGAAGUUAAAUAAAGAAGGAGCAGGUGAAGCACUCUUGUCUUCAACAACUGAGCAUAAUGUCCAAAGUUGA